ACACACUCUCUCGCUCUCGCUCUCUCUCUCUCUCUCAGUGGCGCUUCGAUUAAGAGACUGAACUGCCAUGACAUCUUCUAGAAAGCGAAGGGGGAAGGUAGUUGGGGCUCCUGGAGAGCAGAAUAUGGGUAUAGUUGCCACUGGAGUCAUGAAACCUGCAAAGAGAACUAAUGUGCAGUGCCAUAAAACAACAGGGAAACGUGAUGAUUUUUCAGUUGAAAAUGAUGAGAAUUGUUCACCUACUGGCUCAGCUGUAGCUGUGAGUCUGCAACAUCCAGGAAAAGGUGCAUGCCUCUUUGAAACAACUAAAAAACUACCUGCACUUGACCUCUAUCCAGAACAAAUACUUCAUCUGUCCACGAAGAUUAAGUUGCAGCUUUUUCCCCUGGAUGAAGGCACUCGCAUAGGAUUGGAAAAGGAUGGAUUUCAUCCAUAUUUGGAACUAACUCUAAGCAAGCGGAAGAAGAUAUCUUCUGUACUUAAGCAUCUUAAUAGCAAAUGGGGUGAUUCAAAUAUUGCGAUUGGGGAACCCAUACUUUUCCCGUACAAUGUGGUGGAAAAUUUUGCAAGUUACAGAUGGACAAUGAAUGACAUCGACAUCAGUGCAGGAGAUGUCUAUACAGCUAUUGGAGCUCCUGCCGUUUUCCGAUUAAGGUAUGCCUGGUCCUCCAAUACUGAAGCUUCAACCUCUGAAAUUCCUUGUACAUCAACUUCAACAGGGGGUUCAUUAAAAGCUGAAGUACAGCAAGGUUGCAGCCCUAACGUGGCAAAUACAUAUGGCAAAGUAAAAGAAAUAGAAGCAACAAGUGAAGAAUAUGAACAUAGUACUGGACAUGGAGCAACAACUGCAGUGCUGGCUGAGAACAUGCCUUUUGAUAGACCAAUAGAUCCUGAGGACACUGAAGUGAGGAUCGAUGGCAAUGUUGGGCAAUCAUCUUUGCUGUGGGCUGAUAGCCUAAGUAACAUAAGCAUAGGAGGCUUGCUGUCUGAAGCAUCCUUGCAGGGCAGAUUCAAUGCUUGUGACGCGAAAUUGAACGGGAUCAAUUCAGGCUUGCAGCCAUCUCAACUGAUUUGUGAUUCAUUUGAUGCUUUUCUUGCUGGCCAAAUGAGUCACUCUCAAGGUCCAAGGCCUCCACCUCCACCUUCUCAUGACUCACAUUCAUCUAUUUUGGAUGCUGAAGACACAUGUCAUGCAUUUGCAUUUCAAAAAUUCUCUUCCUCGGAGAAAGAAUCUAAGUCAUGCAGUCAGGGUGCUGGUCCUAAGUCGUUCAAAUUCCCAAGUGUGACAGAGGCCAAUGCAAAACCCGCGCUUUCACAGGGCAAUGCUUGUCAAGAAUCUGAGGCAGACUUGCAGUUUCGUUCCCGGGUAUACAACGAUGAAAGCAGCCUUGGUCUAUCAGGCAUCAAAUGGACAGACUCUUUGGGGCCCUUCGACCUCGGCUUAUCAUCCUCGAGAAAGAUUAUCAGCGGAGACAAUAUUAGCAUGAGCGGCAUUGUUAAUUAGCAAUCUCAUCACUGUUGAAAGCUACUACUAUUUCUGGAGAUCGAAAGGCUCCUCCUUGAGACACAAACAUAAGAAACCUGAAAAUUCAUUUCAUCUCAUUGUUCAUAAUAAGAUAAGAGUUUGCUCUCUUUCUAGUUUUCUUUCUCGGAUUUUUCACCAUUAAGAUCCCUACAAAACAGCACACGUUAUAAAACCAAAGUAAAACAUAUCAGAAAAUUUA